AUGGGGGAAACCAUCUCCGAUCGCCGCUUCAAGGGCAUCUGUGUGCAAGGUUUCUCCGAGGACUACAAAGACAUCAAGUUGAUGGUUUUCCGCGACCCAUCAUUCGACGUACAACAGAUGCAAGCCACCAUGCGCAACAUCUUCCUUGACGAGCAAAUGCGCAAGAGAACCAAGGGCCAAAUCGCUGGCCGCGUAUUCGCCAUGGCUACCAAGACAUCUGGCCCCAUCUGCUUCGAGUGCAACGAACCGGGACAUGUCAGGAGGAACUGUCCCAAUCGCCAGCGGGAGGGCCAUAGGGCAAAGAGGACGAAGCCUGCGGGAGCAACCAAGUGGUGUUCCGUCCAUAACACCACUACACACUCCGACGAAGAGUGUUACAACCAAGGAGCCAAGCGACCAGAACGCACGGGCAAGGCCUUGUCUGCAUGCACACACUGCGUGCACUGCUCAACCCAGUCAAGAGACAUACAAGCCAAGCCUACCACAACAGAAAUUCCCAAAGAAACAGAGAAGACCGAACAGGCAGAGAUCGACUUCUCUUACGACGAAGAUGCAUUCAAGGGUGGAUUCAUGUACCAUGCUACAUGCAGCAAGGGAAGCGGACGCACUUUCACGACAACUGCAACUGGGACUUCAGCGCUGGUGGAUUCUGCAGCUUCUGAGACCAUGUUCGACAACCGCCUCAACCCGAAUGGACGUCUCGAAGUAGAGCGCCCGACGCCCAAGAUCAUCGACGUUGCAGGAG